AUGGAAGUUGCAGAGAGCGCCGGUGAUGUUGUUUAUAACCCGGCGACUGUCUGCUCCACCCGCUCCAACAAAUCCAUCUCCGAAGUUUCCUAUCACAAGGGAGUGGUGAUCAUCAUCUCCCAUAAUCUGACCUGGAAAAGAAGGAACAUGGAGGAGAUUCUGGUGGAGCGGGAGCAGCGAUUGGUCGGAGUCGAUUCCGUGGAAAUUCUGCUCCGAAGCUCCGGGGAGUCGGCAGUGGCCCAGGACGGAGACAAAACCCGGGAGACGGAACCUGCAGAUAAUCCAAUUCUCUCCUGACCCGGAGCCAAAACUAUAUGAACCUGGGCUGCCGACCAUUUUGAUUGGCUCUGAUGUACAGCCAAUAGAAAACUUACAUUUGUACAGGUAGCACCUUGUCAGGCUGCGGGUACCGCUCAUCUUCUCUUUAACCCAUUCAACUCUCUCCUAUAAACCGGCCUGGGGGUGGCACAGUGUUAGGCUGGAGUAGUGCAACUGCACAUCACUUCCAGCCCCGUGUGAUUGGUGCAGUGACCGGUGGGAGAUCAGAAUCUAGGGGUAUCAGUUUUAAAAACCAAAAACAUUGCUCCAUGAUGAAAGCUCCACGUCCUACAUACUCUAUAUGUCUGUGUGUGUAUAUAUAAUUAGGUGCUGUUACGCAGCGCUUACACUCUAUUUAUGGAAUAAAACCUUUGUGUGUUGUCUAUGUGCAUCUCAUGAGUGUAAGCUCAGUGGGUGCUGCUGCUGUAAAGCCGCUGGAUUGUGUUUGCUGCUGAGAGGCGGCAGUUAGAGAGGGUGGCAUUUAGGAAGGUGUGAGCGUUACCUCAGCAGGUGCAUCACUAUAUAAAUACAGUAUUUGUGGUAACUAUAACCCAUGUGGGGUAAAUGGUUUGAGCCAAUCUCCCCCCAUGACUCAUUAGUGGACCAAUGAAAAGUGCCCCACUAACAUGGGCCGCUCAUUCACUUCUAUAUACGCCGUUUACUCCUUACUUUUUACUUUUUUUGUGACACAGGUGUGGGAUCCGUUAUCCAGAAAGCUCUGAAUUACAGAAAGGACGUCUCCCAUUAUCCAAAUGUGAAAAAAUGAUCGAAUGUCAUUGUUGCCGCACCUCUUAUAUGUUAUAGAAUGGCCAAUCCUAAGCAACUUUUCAAUUGGUCUUCAUUUCUUUUCUUUUUAUAGUUUUUGAAUUAUUUGUCUUCUUCUUCCAACUCCAUUUUGGGAAUAUAAACAGAGAUUGGGGAUAUGAGAAAGUGUGUGUGUGUGGGGGGGCAGCUUGUUUUACAACAAGUUUUGUUUUACUGUCAGUAAUUAGGUCAUUAACUGCACAACUCCCAGCGACCCUAGAGUUGGUGCCAGGGGCAUGGUUGGCACAUUAUAAGGGACCCCACAGGGGGUAUUUGACUGGUCUGUAGUGCUAAACUGGGGGAGGUGAUGUACACAACAUUAGCUGCAGAACUAUAACUGCCAGAACUCCCUCCAACCCCAGAGGAUUUUGAUGGUUCAUGAGUAGGGCACAGACGGGCAGAGUUGGGGAGCAGACGGGCAGAGUAGGCCAGAUGGGCAGAGUAGGCUGCAGACGGGCAGAGUAGGCUGCAGACGGGCAGAGUAGGGCGCAGACGUGCAGAGUAGGGGGCAUAGCAGGGCACAGACGAGCAGAGUAGGGCGCAGACGAGCCGAGUAGGGCGCAGUCGAGCAUAGUUGGACACAGACGAGCAGAGUAGGACACAGAUGGACAGGGUAGGGUGCAGACGGGCAGAGUAGGGCACAGAGGGGCAGAGUAGGGGGCAGAAGGGCAGAGUAGGGCACAGACAAACAGAGUAGGGUGCAGUCGAGCAGAGUAGGGCACAGUCGAGCAGAGUAGGGCACAGACGGGCAGAGUAGGCUGCAGACGAACAGAGUAGGGCGCAGACGGGCAGAGUAGGGCUCAGACCAGCAGAGAAGGGCACAGUCGAGCAGAGUUGGACACAGACUAGCAGAGUAGGACACAUGAACAGGGUAGGGUGCAGACAGGCAGAGAAGGGCACAGAGGGGCAGAGUAGGGCGCAGAAGGGCAGAGUAGGGCACAGAGGGGCAGAGUAGGGCGCAGAAGGGCAGAGUAGGGCACAGACAAACAGAGUAGGGCGCAGUCGAGCAGAGUAGAGGGCAGAGUAGGGCUCAGACGAACAGAGUAGGGCACAGGCAGAGAGGCAGAGCAGGGCGUAGGCGAGCAGGGUGCAGAUGAGCAGAGUAGGACACAGAUGAACAGGGUACGGUGCAGACGGGCAGAGUAGGGGGCAGAGCAGGGCCAGACGAGCAGA